AGCCACCUGGGCCCCCCCCGCGGGGGGGCCCGUCGAGCGCCUGCGCGGCGCGGCGCUGGGGCGGCCCGAUGGCGUCGGGCGAGGAGGGCCCCGGCAGCCCCACGGGGCCCGCGAGGCGCCCCCCCGAUGCCUCGGGAGGGCUCGAGAUCGACGACCUCGGGCCGCUGCCGCAGUGGCCGCCGAGCAUGCCGUCGAGCCUCCCGCCGAGCCGGCGGGGGAGCAGGCAGCCGAGCAAGUGGGCCGUCGAGAUCUCGCCGCCGCCCAGGCCGUGGGGAUCGCUGGCAGACCUCUCCUUCGGCGUCCUCGCUUCCACGGUGCAGUGGCUGAUGUCCGCGGUGCAGGCGAUGCACGCCACGGCCGACAAGUUCUCGGAGGACGUGACGUUGUCCGAGGCGCGCCGCGAGGCCGAGCUGGCCCACCUGACCGAGCGCAUCGGCAGGCUGGAGGCGCAGGCGCAGAGGGACCAGAGCUCGAUAGCGGACCUCCAGGCGGCAGCCAAGGCCAGCAUUGCCAGGUCGAACGCCAAGGCCCGGAAGAAGGCUUCGCCUGAGGCGAGCGACGAGGAGUCCGCCGAGCCCGAGCCGCCCAAACCGAAGGUCACAGUCGCGGCGCCAGACCGGGAUUUGGUGCCGGCCGCGGACACGCAGUCUCAGCUAAUCGAUGUGCUGUCGAUGAGGGAGUGGGUGCUGCAGCAGGGAUACGCGAAGGAGGUCGACCUGGAGGUUAUCCACGAGAGGAUGGAGAAGAUGCAGGUCAGCAUGGAGAAGCUGCAGGACAGCGGGAACUCGACCGACGACAGGCUUGCCGCCGUGCUGCAGGACGUGAACGGGCGGGCCAAGCUCGGCGACCUCCGGGAGCUCAAGGAGGAUAUCCUGAGGACCGUGACGGACAGAAUGAACUUCAGUGGGGACGAGCUCCGGCGCUUGCGCGAGUCGAUGGAGCUCAAGCACCAGUCACUCGAGGAGGAGCUGGAGGCGCUCCGGCCUCGCGUCGGCACGCUGGCGCAGCAAUUGGAGAAGGACCGCAUCCCCGAGGGUGCCGGCCGCCUCGGCGGCGUCGAGGAGCAGCUGCGGGCGCAGGCUGCCGGUGAUGCCGGCGUCGCUGCGGCGCUCGCGCGGGCUGCGGAGCUGGAGGCCGCCCUGGACAUGCUGGUCGGCGUGCACGGCGUGGCCGACAGAGUUCAGGCCAUCAUCCCUGCCCUCGCCGCUCUCGUUCAAGGAGUGGAGCCGCCUUGGCUCGACCGGUUGCGGAGGAACGUCGCGCUCCACUCCGCCGCCGAUGGAGUGCCGUCGCUGGUGCUCGCGGAUGCCGCCGCCUUGCGUGCUGCUCAGCGCGGGCCGCGCUUGGGCCCUGAGAAGCUGGCUGCCCCUGCCAGGCGUUCGACGCGGAGGGGGAGGGCGCGCCGCGGCUCUGUCGGCUCGCAGUCCUCGGCGGCGUCUUCUUGUUUGCUCUCGGAGGCUCCUGAUCUCGUUCCUGGUGCGGGCAGCUGGGAGAGGCUGGACGCCGCAGGCGUCAGAUGCACGUGCGGUGCCACAGUCUUCUCGUCCUGCCGUGCGGACGUGCCGCAGCCAUGCGAGAAUUGGGAGGCUCUGCUCGAGCCCAACGCCAUCAGGCACGACGUCGGGGUCAGCACGUGCGUGAAGAGCGAGAUGCGGGAGGCUAAGCUGGAUCCCAUCUUUGUCUCGGAGGCGCCGCCGCUCGUGGAGGUGGCCCCGUUCGUGCCGCUAGAGCAGCUGCACUCCGAGCUGUACGACCUGGGUUCGCUGCACGGUCGCUGCUUCUUCAUCUGCGCCUCUGGGAUGUGGUGGUAG